AUGACAGACAUGGCCGCCAUGGCCGACCUCACGGUGUACAACCUUCCAACGAGCCCUCCCAACUGGGAUCGGGUCUGGGUCUUUUACAUUGCAUUUUGCACAACCUGGACGGCUCUCCUACUCGCCGGUAUGAUCUUCUGCUUGGUCAAUCGUCACAAUCCUAUCCUUAGGGUCCGCGGUCUAUCGCUAUCAUUCCCUGCCAUCACUCUUCUUCAUGUCUAUUGGAUCCUUGGACAGAUAACCUAUCUGAUCGGCGGAAUCAUGCACAUGGUUCUUGUCUAUGACAUCCAGUACUUCGGCAUGGGCGUCUACUUUCCACUAGGCAUCGCGCUGUUUCACGCUUCGAACCACUGUUUCCUUCACAUUGCCAAGCUGCAGAAGCAGUUCGUCCAUCCCGAACUCCAAACCCAAUGUGGGUGCAACAGCGCCGACUCCUCGUGGAUUUGCCGUCUGAGAAACUUGCAGUACAUGGCCAAGAUCUCCCUUUUCGUCGGGAUUGGCAUGGUAUUUCAGGUAUAUUAG